GCUGCUGCACGCCGACCCGGCCGCGGCGUCCGCCGGCGCCACGCCCGUCAAGAGCUACGCCGAGGUGCCCGGCCCCAAGCCCGUGCCGCUGCUGGGCAACUCGUGGCGGUUCCUCCCCGUCGUCGGUAACUUCCGCAUCGAGCAGAUGGACCGCGUGUGCCUGGGGCUGCACGAGCGCUACGGCGACAUCGUCAAGGUGGCGGGGCUGAUGGGCCGGCCCGACAUGGUGUUCGUCUUCGACGCCGACCUCAUCGAGCAGGUCUUCCGCGCCGAGGACGCGCUGCUGCCCGUGCGCCCGUCCAUGCCCAGCCUGGACGCCUUCAAGCACGGCAUCCGGAAGGACCUGUUCGGCGACCUGGCGGGCGUCAUCGCCGUGCACGGGCCGCGGUGGCUGGAGUUCCGGACCCGCGUCCAGCAAGUGAUGCUGCAGCCGCGGACGGCCAAGCGCUACGUCGGGGCCAUCCAGGACACCGCCGAGAGCUUCGUCACCAGGAUUCGCAAACUUCGCGACAGCAAGGGAGAAGUGCCGGCAGACUUCGUCAAUGAAAUCCACAAAUGGUCUCUCGAGUCGAUCGCGCGCGUGGCGCUGGACGCGCGCCUGGGCUGCCUGGACGACGCCCCGCCGGCCGACACGCAGGCCCUCAUCGACGCCGUCAACACCUUCUUCAUGAACGUGGGCGUGCUGGAGCUGAAGCCGCCGCUGUGGAAGAUCUUCCCCACGCCGACGUGGCGGGCGUACAUCGCGGCGCUCAACGACAUCACGACCAUCACCUCGCGGUACAUCACGCGCGCGCUGGAGGCGCUGCAGGCGCUGGGAGAGGACAAGAAGGCCGAGCUGGGCAACGACGCCUCGCUGCUGCAGCGCGUGCUGGUGGGCCACGACGCGCGCACCGCCCACAUCCUGGCCAUCGACCUGUUCCUCGUCGGCAUCGACACGGUACGCCGCCGCCGCUCCAAGUGGCUCCCCUCACUCGACGUUCAUCUAACUUUAACGCCUUCCUUCGGCGCAGACCUCCGCCGCGCUGGCCUCCGCGCUGUACCAGAUCGCGCGGCACCCCGAGGAGCAGGAGACCCUCCACCAGGAGGUGGCGCGCGUCCUGGGCCGCGACGGCGACGUGACGGCCGCCGCGCUCGAGGACAUGCCGUACCUGCGCGCCGUGCUCAAGGAGGUCCUCAGGAUGUACCCCGUGGUGAUCGGCAACGGCCGGACCCUGACCGAGGACACGGUGGUGGCGGGCUACCGUAUCCCCAAAGGGACGCAGAUCAUCUUCCAGCACUACGUGGCCAGCAACCAGGAGCGCUACUUCCCCGCCGCGGGGUCGUUUCGGCCGUCGCGCUGGCUCCGCGAGGAGUCCCCGCAGUGCCCCGUGCACCCGUUCGCGUCGCUGCCCUUCGGCUACGGCCGCCGCAUGUGCAUCGGGCGCCGCUUCGCCGAGCUGGAGCUGCACACCGUCGUGGCCAAGAUGGUGCAGAACUUCCGGCUCGAGUUCAACCACCCGCCACUGCCGUACCGCGUCCACCCCAUGUACAUGCCGCACGGCCCGCUCAAGCUCACGUUCCACGCUCGCUGAUGCCCAAGUCAUUUUCCAGUCAUUUGUUGUUUUUGUACCAUUGUAAAUAAAAGCUUUAUUUUUAUUUUUUAA